AUGGGUAACUAUGUAAAUUUUCGAGCCAGUCCAGUGAACAAGGAGACAGAUAAACACCUAACGCCUAUAAAAAUACCCAAACACUCGAAAGUCCUAGACCUUGACCCACGUUCACCCAGUGAUGGGAUAGUAAGAACCCCAAUCCAAAUAGACAAAGAUGACCCAUGUUCACCAUCUUGUGUUAUUCGCACCCCGGUCAGAUUUUCUAACGGACUUAGUCCUGGAGUGCCUUGCUUUAAUAACUAUGAAACUCCUGAUGGUGUUUUGACCGAAGACGAUUCAAUACACCGAGGUAACAAGUCAUCCUCACUGUCGGAUACUGAGGUUGCACACAACACGAAAGCUAAGACUCACACGUGUGAUUCGAAUAAUAGAUUCAGACUGUCUUGGUUUGAGAAACGCAUAAAGCGUAAAUCUUUAUAUGAUUCACCUGGUCUGUUUGUCAGAUUUCGACACAAGCAGAACUAUGAAAAGUGUAAGAAGAAGGAACAACAGGAUAUACUUCAUAACAUGAGCAAAAACAAAUCUUCAUAUGUACCAGAAUUAGAUUACAAUAUUUUUACUCAUCACUCUCCUACAUGUAUAGCGGGAUUUAAAAGCCCAAACUGUCCAUAUGUAUUAGCUAUUGCUAGAGCAAUUAUUAUUGUGGAAAUAGUUUGA